CUUGAAAUAAUUUAACAUAAUUCUGAUUCAGAUACUGUUUUAGACCUUCCAAGACAAAUAGGUGGCAGUAGUUUGUCACAUGACAAUUCCUGUCAACGCGCAAUUAUUCGCCGAAGAAGAGAACGGCCAGUAUUUCGUUUGUUUUGACUGUUGACUGAAGGAGCUGUGCUGUCAGAUAAUCUGUUCUGCCAUCAUGUCCGACAAAAGUGAGUUGAAGGCUGAGCUAGAGAGGAAGAAACAACGCUUGGCACAAAUCAGAGAGGAGAAAAAGAGGAAGGAGGAGGAGAGAAAGAAAAAGGAGGCAGAGCAGUUGAAAGAUGCAGUGGUUCAUCAAGAUGACUCAGAUUUGGAGAAGAAGAGACGUGAAGCCGAUGCGCUUCUACAGAGUAUUGGAAUACCCUCAGAUGUUCCUGUUGUUCCUGCUCCUCCAAUGUCUCCUACGGCCAAAUCAGCGGGGACACCGAGUGAGACAGGAAGCCAGGACUCUGACGGAGCAGUGGGACCAAGGACUCUGCACUGGGACUCUGACCCGUCCGCUCUUCAACUUCACUCUGAUUCUGAGCUGGGGUACUGGACACUCUCUUCUCUCCUUUCCUGGCGAGUAGCUCCAAAACUGGGAAUGGCCAAGGUCACUGUGGUUGACUUUCCACCACGAGAAACAGUCGUCUACUCGAAAGAGACCCAGACACCCGUGCUGACCCAGCAGAAAGAAGAAGAAGAAGAGGAGGAAGUUGCUCCCCCUGAACCUGCUGUAGAAGCUGUGACCGAGAGGUUGGACCAGAAAGAGGAGGAGGAAGUGACCUUCCAUGAGCUCACUGAAGAGGAGAAGCUGCAGAUCCUCCACUCUGCCGAGUUCGCCGACUUCUUCGACCACAGCACUCGCAUCGUGGAGCGGGCUCUGUCCGAGCAGGUGGACGUCUUCUUCGACUACAGCGGCCGCGACCUGGAAGAGAAGGAGGGAGAAAUCCAGGCAGGAGCCAAGCUGUCCUUCAACAGACAGUUCAUGGACGAUCGCUGGUCCAAGCACCGCGUGGUCACCUCUCUGGACUGGUCUCCUCAGUAUCCCGAACUUCUUGUUGCUUCCUACAACAACAAUGAAGACACGACUAAUGAGCCUGACGGAGCGGCGCUGGUGUGGAACAUGAAGUAUAAGAAGUCCACGCCGGAGUACGUCUUCCACUGUCAGUCUGCUGUCAUGUCCGCGGCUUUCGCCAAGUUCCAUCCAAACAUCGUGGUCGGCGGCACUUACUCCGGUCAGAUCGUGCUGUGGGACAACAGGAGCAACAAAAGGACCCCUGUGCAGAGAACCCCGCUGUCUGCCGCCGCACACACGCACCCGGUCUACUGUGUCAACGUGGUCGGCACUCAGAACGCCAACAACCUCAUCAGCAUCUCCACUGAUGGCAAGAUGUGCUCCUGGAGCCUGGACAUGCUGUCGCAGCCGCAGGACAGCAUGGAGCUGGUCUACAAGCAGUCCAAAGCCGUCGCCGUCACCUCCAUGUCAUUCCCGCUCGGAGACGUCAACAACUUUGUGGUGGGCAGCGAGGACGGCUCCGUCUACAUGUCGUGUCGUCAUGGAAGCAAAGCGGGCAUCAGCGAGAUGUUCGAGGGCCACCACGGGCCCAUCACAGGGAUCCACUGCCACACGGCCGCCGGGCCCCUGGACUUCUCCCACCUGUUUGUCACCUCCUCCUUCGACUGGACGGUCAAGUUGUGGAGCACCAAGAACAACAAGCCGCUCUACUCUUUUGAGGACAACUCCGACUACGUCUAUGACGUCAUGUGGUCCCCGGUUCACCCGGCGCUGUUCGCCUGCGUGGACGGCGUCGGCCACCUGGACCUGUGGAACCUGAACAACGACACUGAGGUGCCGACCGCCAGCGUGGUGGUGGAGGGGAACCCGGCCCUCAACAGGAUCAGGUGGUCUCAGUCCGGCAGAGAGAUCGCCGUCGGUGUGGCAGACGGUCGCGUGCUGGUGUACGACGUGGGAGAGUUUGCGGUUCCGAAGGCAGACGAGUGGAGCCGCUUCGUGCGCACACUGGCUGAGAUCAACGAGAACAGAGACGACGCCGAGGAGCUGGCGGCGCAGCGUCUGGUCGCCUGAGCGGCGCGCCAACACGGACGCGUCACACUUGGGACCAGGGCUGCGCUCGCCAUCAGUUCCGCUUCCAGCCGACCUGAUGACACCACCACGGACCCGACCCGACCGCUUCACCUCCUCCUCCUCCUCCGGAUCAUCAGUCUUCCCGACAGUCGGAGUGGAGAGAAGCGGAACGUCUCCACUAUCUUCUGCCAGUUGCCUUAAAGUUUCAGUUUCACCUGAUUGUCGACUUCAUUCUGGACACGAGCCUUAAAUCAGUUUUCAAGCCAAAUAGUGUCUGAGUCCUGGAGUGGUGGUCCUCAGCUGUUAUCAGGGGUGUCACCACCUGCUGUCCUCGCUGCUGCUUCACACCCAAGUCUCUGUGGAUCCUCCAACGUGUCCAGGUCCGGGUGGGUUUGACCUGAUGUGGAUCAGGAACAUGAGAUGUGAAGCAUUAUCCAGGUUCUCCUCAGAAGUCCAAACGUCGUCAUCAAUACUGAGAUUCUUCUCUUUGCACAGUUUGAAAUGAUUUAUUUCAGUAAAAUACAAUAAAUGCUGAUUUCAAAAUAAACACUUUGAAAACAUCUGUACAUAGUCAAGUCAGCAGAAACAUGCACGAGCGCUGAACCUCCAAACGCCGGGCCGUGACGUCGCGUUCCCCCCGGCGGGCAGCCGGACUCAUGCAGGCGCUCAGACCAAGCCCACGGCGCACAAGCGGGUCGAGGACUCCCGGUCCGGUUACGAAGCUGCUGCCGCCGCCGGUGCCGCACGGGACUCGGCAGCCGACUUGAACUUGGGCAGAUGUAAACCAAACUUCCUCUCCACGCCGGCGAAGGUCGCAGCCGCCAG